GCAGUGAAGGUCUCAAAUAAAAAUACCACAGUACUUUAAUAUUAUAUUACUGAAUGAUUGCACUUAAAGAAAAGUCCAUUUAUCAUUGAAUACCAUGUAAAUACCAUGGUAUUCGCUAAAGUACCUUGGUAAUAACAUCAUAUCAUGGGACUCCCACAGUGAUAUUUGUAAAGUUAUUUGCUUUAGUAAUUAAAAGAUAUUACAAUGUAUGCCGUAUGUCUAAGAAACCAUGGUGUUACCAUGGUACUAUGAACAUAAUAAGCUAUGCUAAUAAAUUAAUGUACUUUAUAGAAUGCCAGUAUUAUCAAAGUGAUAAAUUGUGCUAUCAAUUAAGAUGAGUAAAUUGGUCUUUCUCUGAGUAAUAUUGAUUUUUCCCUGUUGUACUUUUUCAGUUUGCAGAUAUUUAUGAACAAUCAUAUGGCACCACUCAUCUGAUAUAUUUGGGGACAGAUGAGAUGAUUUUCAGGUUUGAUUAACUCAUAAUCUUAGAUUUACAUCCAAUAUAACAGAGUGAUAGAGACUGUCUGAUCUUAAAAUGUUUCUCUUACAGUAAUGGGUCUGUGAUCGUCACUUCUCGUCUGCUGUUUGGGCCGACUCAAGUCAAUCCAGAGCUUGUGAGAGGAAUCUUUUUUCCUGCGUACAAACAAAUACCAUCGCCGGCACUAGAGAUCGACCUCAGCCACAUUGAAAGUAAAAUAACACUCAACAAUGGUUGAUUUUACAUUGUUUUCACAUUGUUCAUUAAUGGGGGUUUGACAUGGAGGAUUUGACAUUAAGUAUUGACCAUCUAAACCUAUAUGGAAGCUUAUUUCCACCACUGUAAUGGUGACUUUUUAUCUCACAAUUGCAAGUUUAUGUUUUAGUUUUUUUUAGAUAUAGACUUUUUCCUCAGAAAUAUGAGUUUACAUCUUGCAAUUCUGACUUUUUUCUCUGAAUUCUAAGUUUACAACUCGCAAUUGUUUCUGUAUUUAUUUUUUAUCUUUUAGAAACCCAAACUGACCGCAUGCACAUGCAGAAUUCUGAAAAAAAAGAUGUAUGUAAACUCGUAAUUGUGGAAAAAAAAGUCCUUUAUUGUGAUAGGACAAUGUAGAGGAGACAGGAAGCAAAGUGGAGGCGGGAUCGGGAAAGGUCUUCGAGUCGGGAUUCGAACUUGGGACGCCAUGUAGUGCAACAGUGCUUUAUGUCGGCACAUUGCCAACAAGGCUCUCUGCACUGACCAGAAUUCUUCAUUUAUAUCUCACAAUUCAAAAAUUUUUAACAUCUUGCAAUUCUACCAAAUACCUAAAAAGAUACCUAAAAUUAAAUCUAAAUUGUGAAAAAUAAACAACAACAAAAAAGAAUUGUAAGAUAAAAGUUUACAAUAAUUAUUAAUUAAAAUUUUUUUUUUAAAUUCUGUGGCAGAAAUAAGCUUCCAUAGAAAACUGACAAAAACAACAAAUGAUUAUACCAAUAAUUUCAUCAAUCUCACCCACAGAUGAACUACCAACUGAAGAACCUCUUGAGGAAGAGAAGAUCUUCAGCAGAUCACCAACGACAACACAUAAAGAAACGACCAUGCCCUCCGUGACCACGCCCCUAACUUCCACUCCUGACAUCAUAAUGGACGUUGAAUCCUUCACCAGCCGUCUUCCAUCCACACGCUCACCCAACAUGUCAACCUCCCACCCAUUGGGCUCCAGUGCUGUUGUAGGAAACAUCACAAACACCAUCCACUCCACCACCUCCAUACCCUUUAACACCACCACAAUGCACCGAAACAUCACAACCAGCUCACUGAUGGUUAAUACAAGUAUUUCUGCAGCACCCAACAGCACCACCAAUGCAGUAACCAAUGGGACGACCACAGAAGUCCCCAAUGGGACCACCACAGCAGCAUCCAUUGGUACCAUCCCUACAGCUUCUAAUGGCACCACCACCACUGAUACCAUCACUUCAGUCCCAAAUGCCACCAUCACUCCAACCACAAAUGACACCACCACCACCACCACAGCCCCCAAUAACACCACCACUGCAGCCCCCCAAAGCACAUUUACCUCCAUCCACAGCACUGUUGGGAAACCGACAAUCAGCUCCACCAAGUUUACAACAGCACAGCCCUUGAAGACCACAACCAUGAACCAUUCACCUACUACAAAGGUCACUAAUUUGUUGCCUGGAUGGGCGGUUGCCCUCUUAGCGCUGGCGGCUGUCAGCCUCUUCCUCCUCAUCAUCCUCAUCAUUCUGGUGGUGAUCUGGUGCUGUUGUCCGAAACGAAGAAUUUUCGUGAACGAAGUUGAAGAGAUGAAUCCUCCCAUGUACUUCAAUCCAGACAUCCCUAUGUAUUCAACACAAAGCACAUUUGAUACAUCCAACGGCAAACAAGCGGAUGUCAGAGAAAAACCUCCGAAAAACCGGGCAGGAAUGUACGUGGUGAACCAAUGA